AUGCACGCGCUUCUCGCCUGUGCUGCAGCAGAGAUACCUGUCAACGACCCGGAGUACCGCCGAAUGGCCGAGGUGCAUUAUAUUAAGGCUGUUUCUGGUUUGCGACAGAGCCUUGUACAAGCCCACGGCCCGAGUCAACGGACAGUCGUCUUGUGGACAGUGCUGAUUUUAUGUAUUUAUGAGCGAUCCAAACCCCAUCACUCGCAAGGCGUCGAUGUCCAUCUCAACGGAGCAGCUCAGCUCAUUCAGAUGUAUUUUCGACAGAAAACACCGGACGCAAGCACUAUUGCAACAGAUAUCUGGAUGCCGCGCUUAUUUCUGGAGUCGUUCAUGUUUCACGUCGCAACGAGUAUACCCUUUCAGCUUACAUCUACCGCAUCCGCUCCUAUUGAUUCUGCCUUUUCCCUUGCAGAAACCAUACUGGAGGUCCUCUGCCGACCACAUAUUUCCGUGGAUGCUAACUCACCAGUCCUCGGGGUCCCUCCGAAACUGUUCCAGUACGUCUACACCAUCUCUCGUAUGUACCAACAGUACCCCGACGGCGUUGAUAUUCGCCAUUGCAGAGGGCUGGAGCAGGAUCUGAGACGGUGGGAUACACUAAUGGCAGGCACCGCUGCUCCUGAGCUACUUGCAGGACCUAAACUGUAUGUCUUGUGUGCACGAAUCCUUCUCAAUCGUCUUAUUUAUCUUGCCGGCAAUCAACAAGACCAUUUGGUUAGUGAGCUUGUUUCACAUGCCAUGGUUCUUGUGACUCAACUACAGCCAGCGCAAGAUUACUUUGCCGAGUACUACAGUUGGCCAUUCCUGGUGCUUGGGACCUGUGCAGAGAAGCAGUCAGACCGGCAGAUAUUGCUGGCACAGAUCCAGGGCUUCUGGCAGGCGACCAAUAAUGGCACCAUGAGACGGCUUGAGAAUAUGCUGACGACCUACUGGACUAGUGGGAAGUCAACUGCGCAGAAUAACUUGUGGUUGAUGUGA